AUGUCAACGGAAUUAUCUUUUGAUGACUUUAAAAAUAAAACUCUAUCAUCGGACAUUUUGUUUAUCGAUGUUCGGAGCGUUGAGGAGGUCGCAGAUGGCCACAUAAAGGCAGCUUACUGGGCACAUAUUCCUAGGUCUGAGAUAGAAACCGCGUUCAGUCUUACUGAGGCAGAUUUCGAGGCAAAGUACAACGUAGCGAUGCCCAAAAAGCAGACUGAAAUCUGGACCAACUGCAAGUCAGGAUCCGACACAGGAAGGAGUGCUCAAUCGCGAGAUAUUCUGAAUCGGCUGGGAUUCGAAAACGCCAAUAUGCUGAAAGGAGGCUAUUUGAAAUACGGGAAGGCCCAAAUGGCGACUCCAUUAACAGACGCGGACAAGCGUAAGCAGAUCUCAGUCCGCGGAGUUGCCCCUCUUGAGGGCGUCGAUGACAUUAAAGAAGCCUUCAAUCGGCAUCUCCACUUCACUCUUGUCAAGGACAGAAAUGUCGCUACAUCUGACGACUUCUACAGUGCUCUCGCUCACACUGUCAAAGAUAACAUGGUCGGUCGCUGGAUCAGAACGCAGCAGUACUACUAUGAGAAAGACCCCAAACGCGUGUACUAUCUCUCUCUUGAAUUCUACAUGGGCAGAACGCUUACGAAUACAAUGGUUAAUUUGGGAAUUCAAGAACAGUGUGAUGAAGCCAUGUACCAACUCGGCCUUAAUAUUGAAGAGCUUGAGGAGCAGGAAGAAGACGCCGGUCUCGGAAACGGCGGAUUAGGUCGACUUGCUGCCUGCUUCCUUGACUCGAUGGCCACGCUCGGAUUAGCGGCGUAUGGCUACGGAAUUAGAUAUGAGUACGGUAUUUUCAACCAGCGCAUCCACGAUGGCUGGCAGACUGAAGAACCGGAUGACUGGCUUCGAAACGGAUGUGUCUGGGAGCGCGCUCGGCCAGAGUACGCUGUCGCCGUGCACUUUUUCGGUUCUGUGCAGAACGAAAAUGGAGACUGGCAAAAGCCAUCCAAGUGGAGAAACACGCAAGCUGUCAUUGCCCUUCCAUAUGACACGCCUACUCCUGGGUAUGGAAACAAUGUCGUUAACACGAUGCGUCUUUGGUCUGCUCGUGCUACGAGGGGAUUUAAUCUGAAUCUUUUCAAUACCGGAGACUACAUUCAAUCUGUUUUCGACAGAAAUAUCGCUGAAAAUAUCUCCAAGGUUCUCUAUCCAAAUGACAAUUUCUUCGAAGGAAAAGAACUUCGUCUCAAGCAAGAGUAUUUCGUUGUCUGUGCUACGCUUCAGGACAUUGUCAGGCGAUACAAGAGCUCAAAGUUCGGAUGCAGAGAUUCUGUCAGAACUCAGUUCGAUCAAUUCCACGAGAAGGUAGCUAUUCAGCUUAACGAUACUCAUCCAGCGCUGGCUAUUCCUGAAUUGAUUCGUCUCCUCGUUGAUGUAGAGGAAGUACCAUUUGAUCAAGCAUUUGAAAUCACGAAAAAGACCUGUGCGUACACGAACCAUACCGUUUUACCUGAAGCUCUCGAGCGAUGGCCAGUAAAGAUGCUCGAGAAUAUGCUUCCUCGUCAUUUGCAGAUCAUUUAUCUGAUCAACGCCCGUCAUUUGAAGGAUGUCGCAAAGGUCUUCCCAAAUGACUCAUCGAAGCUUCGGGAGAUGUCUCUGAUCGAAGAGGACGGAGAAAAGCGAGUGAACAUGGCAUACCUCGCGAUCAUCAUCAUCGACGAUACCUUCAAAAACUUCUACGAGAUGUCUUGCCGACUUGGGGAAACAAACAAGUGGCAAAACAAAACGAACGGUAUUACACCACGACGAUGGCUUCUCCUGUGUAACCCAUCUUUGGCUCAAGCGAUUACCGAUAAAAUCGGUGAUGAUUGGCACCUUGACCUGACGAAACUCCGACAGCUAGAAGAAUUCGCUUCGGACAAAUCAUUCAUUCGCCAGAUUGCCCAAAUCAAGCAAGAGAACAAAGAGCGAUUGGCAACCUGGCUUUCUCAAUCGCAGGGUGUCAAGAUCGACUCCAAAGCAAUGUUUGACAUCCACGUCAAACGAAUCCACGAGUACAAGCGUCAGCUCCUGAACGCUCUUCACAUGGUUCAUCUGUACAACGAGAUCAAGAACAACCCGGACAAAGAAUUUACUCCACGAGUCAUCAUGGUCGGUGGAAAAGCGGCUCCUGGUUAUCACACUGCAAAGAAGAUCAUCAAACUUAUCAAUUCCAUUGCUGACAUUGUUAACAAUGACCCCCUCGUAGGCGAUCGACUCAAAAUCGUUUACAUCAACAAUUACCGAGUAUCCACUGCUGAAAAGGUUACCCCUGCUUGCGAUCUCUCCGAGCAGAUCUCAACAGCAGGAACAGAAGCGUCCGGAACCGGUAACAUGAAAUUCAUGUUGAAUGGUGCCUUAACCAUUGGUACACUUGAUGGUGCAAAUGUAGAGAUGUCUGAAGAAAUGGGCGGCAAAAAUAUCUUCAUUUUCGGAAUGAAAGUUGAAGAUGUCGAAGCUCUUGAUAAGAAAGGAUACAACCCACAGGAUUUCUACAACGCCUCAGCUAACCUGCGACGUGCUCUCGAUCAAAUAAGAGCUGGACUCUUCAGCCCUAAGCAGCCAGAUCUCUUCUCUGGUUUCGUCGACGAUCUACUCAAGUGGGAUAGAUUCAAAGUCUGUGCCGACUUUGACGCCUACAUCGCCAAGCAGGAAGAAGUCUCCGAGCUUUACAAGGACGAGGAUGAAUGGACCCGUCAGUGUAUAAUGAAUGUAGCUGCCGCUGGAAAGUUCUCAUCUGAUCGAACAAUUCACGAUUAUGCCACUGAGAUUUGGGGAUGUGAGCCAUCUCCAGGCCAGCGCAUUCCUGGCCCAGCAGAUGCUCAUCCUGGUACCGAAGAAUAA